UAUUCCACAUAACGACUAUGACGUUAUGUUAAUGUCUGAAACCUGGCUAGAUUGCAACUUUGAUUCUACUGUGAUCAACAGACCUGGUUAUACUCUCUUUCGCAAAGAUCCUAUUGGCAGAGGUGGAGGAGUUGGGGCCUAUGUUAAGGCUGAUUUAUUGUGCGCUGUCACUGAUGUGGGUUACUCUCCGUACAGUAGCCGUGGUUGGGCUGCAGUUAGAUAGAAAAAGCAUACCGAUGAACAAACUAGUGGCCACCACGUUAGAGUAAAAAAUCUAUUGCUUUGACGUGCGGACGCACCAUCCCAAAAAGGAUUUCGCUUACGUCACAGAGAAAUCCCACGACUCCACGGUGUGGUCCGUAAAGCAUCU